GAUAUUUUACUAGUUGACUUUAUUCAUAUCGUUACAAGAUGAUGCAGUGCGGGUUGAUUCCGCUUAAUUCGUAGUGUAACCCCACUUAUCAAGCGAAGGGUUGUGCUGAGGACCAACUUGAUGUGGGUCUUCUGGUCAAUUCGUAUCACCUGUAUGACAAAAGGAAUUGAAUGUAUUGGAAGCGUCUGUGUUUGAAGUGGAUCCUUCAUAAACCUACAAACAAGCAAUUAAAAUAUGAGUUGUUAGAUUGCAAAUGUCCCCAGUGAACAGUUCAUGAUCAAGUACAAAGCAAUGGAUUUUUUUGGAUGCCUUUACAUCUGCUGAUUCUUUUGGAUGCCUUUACAUCUGCUGCCGAGAUUGUUAUUGCGUUUAAACCUGGAUACAGCAUAAAAAUGUGGAAAUUCUGAAAUAAAGAGAUCCUAGAAUAUGAGUAGCUGAAGGAUAAACGAUUUUCAGUAAGGCCUCAUUCGACAGAAUUACUUAAUAAGAAGAGAAAGAAGAUUGGUGACCUGUAGAGGCUGUUGCUUGUGAAAUGGAAGACGCCAGAAAGGAGUUUCUCCUGCGAAUUUAUAUAACUGUUGCCAUUGGGUUCGGAUAUUUGACAUUGGGAAUAUGUCAAGGCAUUCGAGGCCCGGUGAUGCUGGAUCUUGUGACAGUUACAAACAGUAGUAUAGGGGCGGUGGCUUGGGUCGCAUCAGGGUAUGGUUUGGGGAUAUGUGUUGGUUCAAUGACCAGAGGGGCCUUGCAGGAUUUCAACAAGUAUCGUGUGUAUAUUAUCUCGGUCUGGUUUGCCGUGACCAGCCUCGGAAGUGGUUUGAUUCCCUGGUGUACAAACGUGGUGGUGAUGGUCAUGGUGGCUGCAGUCACGGGAUGUGGGAUUGGAGCAAUUGAAACAGAUGGAAAUGCGCUCAGUAUGGACAUUUGGGGAGAGAAGGGUGCCACCUACAUGUUGUUUGUGUAUCUCCUAUACAACAUUGGCUGUUCAACGGCGCCUCUCUUAGCCAGGUCGUUCUUGGAACACGAAGCAGAGCCAUCCUUUCAUUUAAUUGGCAAUCACACAUCAAUACCGUUUACUGAAGAUGCAGAGGAAAAUCGGACUUCACAGAGAUGCAAUUACACGACGACUUCGAAUUGUUCCCAUGAAUUUAACUCGGGCGAUCACGGUUAUGUCACUUUUAGACUAUUUGGCGUGGAUUUUCAUAAAAUUCACACUCUUUAUAUGAUUAUCAUGAUUCUGGUCUGGACAGCUGGAUCAUUCGUUACACUGGCAAACCUUCUGGUUCGUCGGUAUCCACAAUUACAUGCUAUCACAAAAGAAGCCGAUGUUCAAAACAGUGGGAAAAUCAGUGAUAAGUGUGUCCGGAUAAAUAUCAUUGUGUUGAUCGCCAUCUUUAGUUUCUUCAUUGUAGGGAUCGAUUCACUGUAUGAUAUCUUGCUUCUUGCGUUUGCUGUCAGGCAUUACGGCGUCACCAAACCCUAUGCCUGUAUCUUAAAUGCUACAACAUCAGCAUCGGCGAUACUAUCCAGUGUUGUUGGGAUGUACUUGGCGAAUCUUUUCAAACCAUCAGUGACAUUAUACACCGAUCUCAUAGUCUGCACCGUGUCGCUUGCACUAGUUGCAGUUGUGAACAAAUCCCUUCCCGUUCUUUGGGUGGGAGGUCUCGGUAUGGGGUUCGGCAUUGGCUCAUGCUUCAGUGCGAUAUUCAACUGGUUCGGUCACUAUCUUGGAGGUUCUGCCAAGAUUACAUCAGUCGUUAUUGUAUCUUCCCAACUUGGAGACAUCUUGCUUCCAAUUGUAAUCGCGCCAUUCUUUGAUAAUGAUCCAAUGGUGCUCAUCUACACAUGUCUUCUUUUAAGCUGUGUUUGUCUUGCCAUCUGUGUGAUUGUUGAAGUUUAUGCAAAGCGCCAACUUGGAUUGGUGGGCCUGUUACAAACUCCACCAAAAUCAUAUGCUGCGCUUAGAACAGAUGAGGAGGCAGAGUCAGAAUGGACAUUACGAGAAUGAGAUGGCCAAAAACUCACUUUCUCUAUAAUGUUAAUGAAUGAUCGAUAAACUGUCUGAGAUAGUCAUAAUCUGUUUGAAGAAUAGUUUUGUAUGACCUUUAUUUCUUUUUAUUCAUCUUGAGUGUAUUUGAUCAUCACAGAUAUUGUUUUUGUCACUUUUUCACAAUGACAACAUAAAUCAUAAUUGAACAGUUCCGUGUGCUCGAAAAGAAAGCAAGUUGCCUACUUGCAAUGGCAACAGUAUAUUUUUAUCGAUGAGAAUUUCGCCGUGGAUUCAUUGUUUUCAAGAGAAGCAAAACGUUAUGAUGCCAAGAGAAUUCUUAAGGCCUUCUUUCAUCUUCAAACACCAUGUCGUGUUCCUCUUCACGGUUAGGAAUAAUAAAGAGGCCAAAUGCAAGGUCAAGGUCACCUUGUACAUGAGUCUGACCCAAUAAGUCACACUUUUACCGGCCACUUCAAAUCUAUUGCGGAAACUUGUAAUAUGACCUCUUUGUGAAAUAUUGAAGGAAGGGGCACUUGUUUCUGAACUGAGAAUCGGCCAACAACAGCGCUG